ACUAAACCAGAUGUUGUGUGCUGGUGUGGUGGCUGAUGAAGGUCCCUCCUCGUCCUCCUGGUCUCGGUUGCCGGGCGACGGCGUGAUGGUGAGGUCGGACGUGCACCUGUGUUCCGUUUGUCAUGACUCCGCCUCCGGGUACCACUACGGGGUCUGGUCCUGCGAGGGCUGCAAGGCCUUCUUCAAGAGGAGCAUCCAGGGUCACACGGACUACAUCUGCCCGGCGACCAACCAGUGCACCAUCGACAAGAGCCGCCGCAAGAGCUGCCAGUCCUGCCGCCUCAGGAGGUGCUACCAAGUGGGCAUGAUGAAGUGUGGAGUGCGGCGGGAGCGUUGUGGUUACCGUGGUGCCCGUCUGAGGCGUCUGCAGGUGUGUGAGGUCAGAGGUCAACGGCUGGAGACGUCCUUCCCCCUCCCCACCCUCACACACACACACCGCCUCACACACGCACACACACUCACGCCCCAGCAGCUGGUCUCCUGCAUCCUGGAGGCGGAGCCUCCUCAGAUCCACCUAUCAGAGCGGCCGCAGACGCCGUACACCGAGGCCAGCAUGAUGAGGUCACUCACCAGCCUCGCCGACAAGGAGCUGGUGCUCAUGAUCACCUGGGCCAAGAACAUCCCAGGUUUUAUGGAGUUGUCGCUGUGUGAUCAGGUGCAUCUGCUGGAGAGUUCCUGGUUGGAGGUUCUGAUGUUGGGGCUCAUGUGGAGGUCAGUGGAGCAUCCAGGGAAACUCAUCUUCUGUCCAGACCUCCAACUCCACAGAGAUGAAGGCUAUUGUGUGGAGGGCAUCGUGGAGAUCUUUGACAUGCUGCUGGCGGCCACAUCUCGCUUCAGAGAACUGAACCUGCAAAAGGAGGAAUACGUCUGCCUGAAAGCCAUGAUCCUGCUCAACUCUAGCCUGUGUGUGAGGCGGCCAUGUUGGCUCUGUGCUUGCAGGCCUGUGUGUGAGUCGGCCAUGUUGGCUCUGUGUGUGAGGCGGCCAUGUUGGCUCUGUGUUUGCAGGCCUGUGUGUGAGGCGGCCAUGUUGGCUCUGUGUGUGAGGCGGCCAUGUUGGCUCUGUGCUUGCAGGCCUGUGUGUGGGUGCUGCAGGGCCGGCGGUGCAGCUGGAGGGUCGGGGGACGGUGCUGCGGCUGCUGGACGCGGUGACGGACGCGCUGGUGUGGGCCAUCGGCAGGACCGGCCUCUCCGCCAGACAACAGUCCAGCCGCCUCGCCCAGCUGCUCAUGCUGCUCUCACACACACGCCACCUCAGCAACAAGGGUAUGGAGCACCUCUGGAGCAUGAGGAAGAAGAACGUGGUGCUGCUGUACGACCUGCUGCUGGAGAUGCUGGACGCCAACACACACACACACUCACACACACACUCACACACACACACACAGCCCUCACAGUGACCACAGCAGGAGGACAGGAGUCCAGGGUGCAGCUGUGGAGUCGGGUGUGAUGAGGGACCAGACGACUGAUCUUGUUGACCUUUGACCUUUGAAGGACCUGAAGGACACACACACACACACACACUGGGUGCCUCUCAACAUCUCUGGAGUAGCGUCUCGCUGCGGCUUGCCCACAUCAAGGACAAGUGCAUGUUGGGAUUGCCUAGACCAGUCAUGAGCGAUGUAGCCGUCAUUUUACAUUACUCUAAGAAGUGAUACGGCAUUAUUCCACUGCUCGGUUGAGUU